AUGGACCUCCUCUCCAGACUCACCUUCACCCUGGCCACGCUCUCCAGCGUGUACUUCAUCCGCCGCGCAAACAGCGACCCGAACCCCUCGCCGCCGCCGAAAACAAACACGUUCCAAAAGAAAGACUUCCUCAUGACAGCCGGCAACGAGGUCACCAUGCGCCGACACCUCAACUUCAUCACGGCCGUCGGUCUCGCACACGCCGUCCUCGCCGGCCUCCCCGAGCCCCAGCGCCCGUCGAUGUGUCCUGCAUACAACGACCCCUCCGUCGACAGCGGGCUGUUCUCCUGGAACAAAUACACACUCUCCGUUCUGGCGGUCUUGACGUCGGCAGGCCUCCUCCGUCUCGCUGCGUACGCCAACCUCGGGUCCUCAUUCACAUUCAAUAUCACGAAGCCGAGCUCCGGGUUGAAGACGACGGGGGUUCAUCGAUACGUGCGCCAUCCGUCAUACACGGCGAUCAUGGCCAUUGCCAUUGCGAUGGUGAUGCUGUUUUUCCGGGACGGCGGGUUACUGGGUUGUUGGUUCGGUCCUCAGGUCGCCAGGAUUGUCGACAAGGCUGCGCUGCUCUGGGCUUUUGGGGUCAGUCCGGCGCUGUUUUGGGCGAGGGUGACGCAGGAGGAGGAGUUUCUGGUCAAGACAUUUGGACGGGAGUAUGAGGCGUACAGUGCCAGGACGAAGCGGUUUAUUCCGUUUGUUUUUUAG